AUGACCAGGUGUCCAUUGCUGCAAUUCAAUGCCGAAAUUGAAUGCAAUAAAGAACUCCGCAUCAAAGAUCAAUCCCUGAAGCAAAACGUCAUGAACCGGCUUGUGGAAGGUGCAGAUGGCAUUCUCACAACGUCCCUUUCUCAAAAGAAGAACAAAUCGACACUACUCCUUGACCCAAAAUCUGAUGCAACCGACCUCACCAUCACCUCAAAUCACGAUAGAAUUAGCAAUUCACUUCCCCUCGAUCGCCCCAACAUAGCAGUCUCUCUACCCGCUGCCCCGAAGUUUCAAAAGCUGAAGGUCCAGCGAGACAGUCUAGAAGCACGCCUCGAUGCUAUUGAGGACCGGCAGACGGAAGAGCACGGCAUUCGGUUCGACGCCUUCAAAGCCAACCUCCUAGAUGCUUUCGUGGUUGAGUUGGCGGAGCGGCAGAGUAUCCUGAUGCCACCUGGCACAAACAAUGACAGUGCCGACCGCACGCAACGCAUGGCAACAGCCAGUGCGAUCGUCAACAAGAUUACUGGACAGAACUGGGCAAACGAGACGAAGCUUUCUUUGCCUAUCUCCGGAAAUGCCUUCGCCAAGCUACUCCUCACACCUUACUUCCAAGAAAAUGCUCUGUUGUUCAAUGUCGACCACUGGGCGAAGCUUCUGUUAUGGGUACAUGGGAAGGAUACGUUGGAGGAGAUGGCUGCUCAGGUUCCCGCUAUACCGGGCGUUUACUCAAGUGGGAUUGUACAUUGA